UGCAACCUUCGCAUACACGGACACAUAUCGGACGCACCCUAGGGAGUACAGUACCGUCGGUGGACCAUUUCUGCAGCUCCCGAGGCCUAUCAUGGAUGCCCCGACAUUGGAGGCGAUGGAACAACUAAACCGGAUGGGUAAAAGCUUCUGGCGAAUCAACGUGGGUAAAUCAGCUGGACCGCAAACGCGAAACUCCACACGCAACCUAACGAAUACCUCAAGAUGUAGCCCACGCACUGCUUCGGCUGACCGGUGGUUGAACGUACAGAACCAAUCGCCAGUCAAUGACCCGCCUAACGCGGAUCGAUUGAGAAGCCGCCCUCGGGAUCCGCGGACAUCCACAAAGAACCAUACCAUCUUUCGCGGGAGGGCCUGUUCUUUGGGUGGGUCCAUUGUGGAUCGCGGACGCGGAAGCAGUUCGGACAAGAUAACCAAUGGGAGUUCGUAUUCCAAUCUCCCGUAUUCCGGAUUCCAGAGCGUAUCUUCGUCACCAAGACCGCAACAUGAUGUGACAAAAUGCUCCGGGGAGUGGUUCACUCCCCAGCGGACUACAGCGACUCAAAACGGGGUAUACGAAGAUCAACAAAGUGAAUUUUGGCGCUCGUUAAAAUCGAAUUCAAACGACGAUUCUAAUGUGGCGCAUCGACAAGGGGGCAACUGUGUGAACCUUACAUACAAUAGCUCGGAUUCUAGUGGGACUCGAUCGAGACAUCUAGAUCUACCGCAUUAUGAAAGAGAAGCGGAAGAGGAACGUUGCAAACUAUGGCCGACACCCCCACCCUACAGUCCCAGUGUUUUAACAGUAAACUCACUGCGAAACUCCGACCUCCAAUCCCAGGACUACAAUGGGCAUGGGAUCGACCGGGCAGGCGGGGGGAAAGAAAACACCAAGCGGCCUAUUUUAGCGACUUUGGACGAACAUCUGAAAUCGCUUGAGAAACAAGACCAAAAGGAAAACGCUAUCCAGGAGCGAAGUCCCCUAAAACUCCAUGGUAAGAAAGCCGUGAAUCACCAGGCUCCAUGUUGGCGCAAAACAACCCACGACAAGUGGUUACUCGAACAGCGUGUCCAAACGAACGGGGGUUUUGUAAACUCAGAGCCGUCAAAUUCCGUUACCGCGAGCGAGACCAAGUGCAUUGAGAAGGGGGUGGCAGUAACAAUUAAUGACAGCUACAACGCCAAAAUCCACAACGGCCUCCAAACAUCCGAUCAUCCAGCCAUUCAGCUUCCCUCACCGAAGACAGUUGGAAAAGUGUUUGUGAUGGAGGCUGCAACUUAUUCCAACGAUGAUUACGAGCUGCUGUCCGAGAGUAUGAGUGGUCCGAGACCACACUUAGCGCCUAUGCUUAAUUCAUUCCAGAGGCUCGGGGCAAAGGAGGAAUGGCCCACUGAACGUGAGACUAGUCAAUCCGGAUGCAUCAAUGAGGUCCCAUUGGUAGGCUCUUGUCGACUGCGGCGGGCUCAUACGACACGCGAUUCUUGUCGAAAGGCUGUUCCGGAAACGGAUUCAGCCGAACGGGAUGGUGAAGACGUCAAGCGUCGAUACGCCGUGUUCCUUGACGAUGUGAAUGGAUGGCGAAAAUCGUCCGAGGAAAUUGGUUCACGCAAUCCAGGCCUGAAUGAUGAGUUCUUGAAUGAUUCAAACCCCCCUGGCAAACUUUGGCGGACUAAUCCCGUAUUACACCUGAGUGACAAAGAAUCCAUCCCCGUGGUCGAUCCUUCAGCAUCCCAGCCAUCGAGUUUGCCGUCGAUCGGAACGAGGGCUUACAGGCAGAAGUUAGUCAAUCUGGAGGCCAAGCAACUACCAUGGCAUGUAGACCACAUUCAUGACAGUGUUGGCGAUGCUCUCGCCGUAAAAGAUCAACCCCUGUCGAAUCCUGGGUCAACACCACUGGCUCCCUCUAGUCAUCCGCCCUCCACAGUGUCUUCGUCUGCUGUCUCAGAACCGCCGAUUCCACGCAGUCGCAGAACCCUUGCCUCCGCAUCCAUUCGCUCAACCCAAUCGGAGAAACAAGAUGUCAACACAGACCCUUCGCCAUCCACUAGCAGUCGCGCGAGCACUGUGUUCUGUACACCUUGGGACGCACCUCCAACAGGUGUUUAUCUUUCUGAUUUGAUCCAGCUAACCGGUGGAGGCGUUGCCAAUGCCAACCGAAGAGAACCACCUUCACACCUCCGUCGCCGCACUCUUUCAAGUUUGGAUCACCGAUUGUUCAGUGGAAGGCCAGCCAGCAUAGGCGACCUCGGUCAACACAACAGCAAGCUAGAGUUUCAGCGUCUGCUUUGGCUGUGGAUGCAACACAAUACGGUGACAGACGGAAAACCUACCCCCAUGCAGCCACGGAAUCAAGGUGGCUCUGAAGACCUGACGACCAACGGACCACCACCAGUGCCACAACGGCGACCGCGGCUGAAGCAUCUGCAAACGAGCCUAUCCACUACUGCAACGCCACGAUCCGCGCGGAGUGACGAGUCGGCUGACAUUAAUCCGUACGCCGUUGUAACUUGCUCAACGGAUGCGACUCCCGAUGAUGAUAGCUUCGCUGGAUCAGGGAAAGCAACGUCGAAGCAACUCUUGCAAGACGUCAAGGUGUUGAAUGCGGAUGAAGGUGAACCUACUGGUGUGUAUGACGACACAUUUGUAGAACAUGCGGAUGGACCAAUUGGCAAAGUGAAUCUCAUCCAGCUUGACGCUGCUCCAUCAUCUAAGUGUGGCGCAUUUCCCGAUGGUUCCAAUACAUUGGUUGGCACUGGUGAUGGUUCAGCCCCUCGGAAUUAUGUCUGUGAUCUGAUGCGGGAAAAGUCGAGCCCAUUGGCAAAUCAAAUCAAUUUGUUCUUGGAAUGCACACGAAACAGCGUUAACCAGGGGCCGUACCGCACAAUGCAAUCUGUCCGUCAGUUCAUUAGUGGUAUCACCAAUUAUCUACUGCAGAAUCCGAAACUUGGCCUUCCAUCGGCGAUCGAGCUAGAGAAACGACAGCUUUCAGAUUUUGGCUUCGUAAACGUGGGUGCCCUGCUGGAAUCUUCCCUGCAAAAAUACGUCCUCCGUCCGCUUCACCGACACAUUAUUCGACAGCUAAGACAGGAGCAAAUCAGACACAAUGAACUUGGGCCACUUCAAAAUACUGUGCAGUGGCUUGGCGCCACAUCACCCCAGGAGUUCGGUAUUCCGUCCAGCUUGCGAGUCCCCACCGAACCGCUUUUGCAGCGUGUCCGGGCACUGUUCCGUCAGGUUCAAUCAACCUACUCUGUUAGUCGCAAAAUGUCCCAUUUGGUCCAUCUAUUCGAUCUAAUACGGGAUGAGGCUUCUGUUAGCUGCCGUGACUCCGCUAUUUUGCUUUGUGAAUCGAUUGACAGACACCGUGCGAUGCAAAUUCGAGCUCCUUCUGUGGCUGGUGCUUUACAGCCUUGCUAG